CUCUCCUCCUCCGCGGCGCGGUAGAAGUAGAAGCGGAGUGCUGUCAGUAGGGGAAGGGAGGGAGUAGGCGGCGGCGGGCGAGAGCGCUGGCGACUGGGCGCUCACCCGUCUAAAGCCACCCCCACCUAACCAGUUGGCGGGUCACGGAGAGGGGCCAGGAGUAGUAGAAGUAGCUGUGUGUAGUGCCGAGGCGGCUCCUACCACCCUGCUCACCUCCCCAUCCUAAUACCACCCAGUGCGCAUCCCCGUGCUCCAGGUCCUCUAUCCACUCCACCUGCCGCCCCUCCCACGCUGCUCUGAGGGAGGUGGCGGAUCUGCUGGUGUGUGACCCCCCCCCCCCCCCAUCUGGGAUCUUGGUUAACUGGGGGUGCUGGUCUUGAUGUGGUUCUUGGGAGCAUCCUGUUUACAAGGAAGUUUAGUAUCCUGUUGAAACUUGAGUAUCAGAUUGAAUUAAGUGAAAAUCUAUGCUUGUUGGCGUAUGUUAAACCAUAAAAAGAAUGCCAAUGAAAGGGCAGUUUAGCAGAGAAAGGAAUGCAAAGGUCACAUCAGGUCGUGAUGGACGUCAAAGGGGAAAUUCCCAAGAUCAUUUUGUAGAAGUGUCAAAGGAGAAGCUCGCAGUAGUCAGUGGGAAUAUCGAUGCAAAAUUUGAAGACAGAAUCAGAGUUGUGAAAAAUGAUAAGUUUCGAAGGCAACGAGAACCUCGAAGUGCAGAUGGUGGUGGCUCCCUGAAAGGCUCAAAACCAUGGCCUGGCCGAAAGGACACUACUGUUGAUGAGCUUGUCAAGCAUAUGUCAAAUGUUCCUUCAUAUUUACAGCGUAAAGAGACAACAGACCAUCUUCAGGACAAGGCACUGAAUGUUGGAGUUCUUGAGUGGGGCCUCCUUGCCAGGUGGUCUCACCAACACAAGCAGGAGUUCUCUAGCAGCCAUGGUGCCUCUCCAUCUAAUACUAGUAGGUCUGUGAUAUUCUCAUCUCCAUCCCAGUCAUCUGCAAGUCCCAGCAGCAAAUCUCUUGAAAGCAAUCAAUCGCCUACACUAAAUGACCAUCAGCGUUGUUCUAUAGAGUUUCAGCAGAGUGAUCUUGUGGAUAAACUCCAUGGGAAGGCUAGAUAUUCACCUAGCCCAAAUUCUGCAGUGUUAAACUUGUUGCCCAUGCACAGAAAACACUGUUCAGAGAACGCUGGCAAUUAUGGUGACUUUAAUCUCAGAAAUGCAUCUCCAAUCUCAGACUCUCUUACAGCGAGUGGGAGUUCAGUGCGACAUGAAAUGGUUGACGAUGAGGAGACUACAAAGAAAAUAGAGGAGGCCGUCCAUCACUGUUCACGCAGGCUUUUUACAGAUGAUGAUAACAUUGGCCAAAGUUUCUUCACCUCUUAUAACAAUGAUUCUUCGUGUGGUGGUUUUCAGCAGACUAGUGGUAUGACUGGUGAGAUUUUUGAGUCUCUAGUGUCUAAUGCGGUGAUGGAAAUGGAAAGAAAUGCCAAUAUGCCAAGUGUUGGUUUCUCGAAAGAUAUUGAGCAAUCCCAUGAGUUUCCUCGAGUUCCAUACUCAUGUCCACUUCCAAUCAUGGAUCCAGCUGAAGAGCUUAGCACCAGAGGCACUGGGACUCGAGGUGAUUCUGUUCGUGCGGAUGUAACAGGUGAAAAUUGUAACCAAAAGCAAAUUUCCAGGGGUGCCUCUGAGAGAACUCCCCGGAUCAGUGCAAAGUUCAGUGAUAUGGAUGUGCUGUCACAUAGCCAUCUAGUUUCUGGACUGAACCGAGUGGGCCGCUGCUCAAGCCUGAAGGAUGGACCAUAUCCUCGACAGCCUGAAGCAAUCACCCCUGUAGAUAAGAUGAGUGGAGAUAAGUCAUCAGGCAACAAAGGAAGUAGACGCAGCCCAUUGAGGAGGAUGUUAGAUCCAAUAUUAAAGCCACGGCAAUCAUCCACUUCUGGUCCAAUUCAACCUUCAUUUGUUCCGAAGUGUCAUCUGCCUGGCCAUAUUGAUAAGCAAUCUCUGAACUUGGGAGGAUCUGCUUUGCAGAAUGUGCAGCGUAGGUCAGUUGAUUCAGCAGUAAAUUCAAAUUGCCGGUCAGAAACAAAUACAAACCAGCCUCCUCCGAUCCUAUUGAACAGUGGGAGGUACCUCCAGCAAGAUAUAGAUUCAACGGCAACAAGGCAUGCGCUUCUGCAGCUAGCAUGGAAGAAUGGCCUGCCUUUUUUCAUGCUUUCUUGUGGUUCUGAUAUCCUGGCAGCCACUGUGAGAAGGAAGGGCAUCUCUGAUAACAAUGAUCUGGAGAGCACAUAUACUCUGUUUGGUGUUGAAGAACCUAAGAAAAGAGGUGGAGCUUGGAUCAAGGCAGGUAACAAGAACAAGAAAGAUCAGCUGCUAUAUAAUGUUGUUGGGGAAAUGAGGGUUUCACGCCGAAAAACAAGAUGCUACCAGGCAGAAAAAAAUCAUGCGCAUAGAGAAUUUGUUCUGGUUGGUUCAGAGCGGUUACUAUCAUCUGAAGAAUCAGGUGACUCACAUGUUAACAGAGAAUUAGCGGCUUUUAUUAGUGCGGUGCCCCAGCAAGAAGCAGAAAGUUCUCACCAAUCAUCUUCACAGAAUUCCGGCCGAAGCAUAUCAGCAUCAGUUGAAUGUUCUUGCCGUCCACUGGGAAACUUCCAUCGUAAUACAAGGGAUGCUAGUUCUGCCUUAUCCAGUGUUCUCGCCGUACUUCCUAAUGGGUUCCAUGGUACAUCAACCUCGGGACAGCCACUUCCUCUGAUUGAGAGGUGGAGGUCAGGAGGAGCAUGUGACUGUGGUGGGUGGGAUGAAGGCUGCAUGCUGAGUGUCCUCAGCGAUGACGCCCAAGAAAGCAAAGGUGGCAAGUCCACUCAGGCAAACCAGACGACGGAUGGCAGUCAACGGUUUGACUUGCUUGUUCAGGGUCGAUCACGAGAAAAUAGGCAUGGCUUCAGUAUGGUUUCAUUCAGAGAAGGGUUAUACACAGUUGAAUUCAGAUCGUCCAUCGCUUUACUUCAGGCUUUUGCGAUGUGUAUAGUGAUGCUUCACGGCAGGUACCCUAGCAGGAUGCAAGCAGGUGUGCAAGCCUCGCAAGAGCACGCACCCCUCGCUGACCAUAAGCUCAACAAGAUCAUGGCGGCCAGUCAUGGCAGAGCUCAGGCAAGCUAUGUGCCACACCGGCCACCCCUAUCUCCUGUAGGGCGAGCCUAGCUUCCUGUGAUAAAAUGUAUGUUUUUCUUUGUUUCUUUUCGUUUUUCUUCUGUAACUCGAGUUGCCUUAUCAAGAUGUGAUGGAUCUUAUGGAUUCGGCUUUAGUGGGUAGCCGCCUGUACAUGUAAAAUGACUUGGUGUUGCUGCAAGGCUCAUCAUCUUAGUGCUUAUCUACCCUUUUUAUAUGCAAACAAAGCAGAUC